UGGAGUUAUAAAAUAAAAGUACUUUGAAAGUAUGGCCAAGUCAAAGAAUCAUACGGCUCAAAACCAAAACAAGAAGGACCACAAAAACGGCAUCAAAAAGCCAAAAAGACAGAGAUAUACCUCUCUCAAAGGAGUCGAAAGAAAAUUCAGAAGAAAUAGAAGAAAAGCCAUCAAAGGCAUGCUCAAAGCCCAAGCAAAAUCCAAGGCUGAAACAAAGUAAAGAACCCCUUCCAAAAGGCCUUGUUAGCAGAUAACCCCUACUUACUCCCUUCAGCCUCUCUAGCUCUAAUAAUCUCUUAACAAGGCCUACCUACAACCUGUUUUAACACGAUUUUGCCUGCUGU